CUUUUUCUGCCGGUGAGUCUCGUAACUAAAAGUCUCCUAUCGCGAGUCGUACUCCGGCAGGUGUUCACCUGCCGCGAAGCCUUUUAAAAACUCUUUAUGUUUGUGUGUUUUUUYCCCCCCUUGGUACAAAUAUGGCGGUCCGGCGACACCGGAGGUGGAAGCCAGAGUGCGCGUAACCUCCUUCGUGGGCGGGGCUUCGUGUUGACGCUGAAGCAGACCUGGGAAGCUGUGUGGUGUUUUUACCAACAGAGGGCGCUGUUGGACCGAGCAGAAACAAAAGGAAGGAGGAGAUAGAAAAAUGAAGUUCUUGGUGAAAAAGAGGAUGGAUUUCCUGGUUGGAGCCACACCUCAGAGAGAGAGAGAGAAAGAAAGAAGCAGAGAGAGGCUUUCAGCGAUCUGCAGCUGCCUUCUAACCUCACUGUUCAUUUCUCCAGCUGCUGCUCUUCUGUCCUUUCAGCCUUCUGAUAAAACUGGAAGAUCUGUUCUCACGUUUAGGAUUUUUGGACAUUUAAUUUGGAGACACUUUUUUCAACUUCUUCAACCUUUGAGGAUCCAUUAACAAAGGAAAUAACCUUUUGGAUACCUUUGUUUUUUUUUAUUUUGCGUGACACUUCUGGAGUCCCAUUUUUUGCCUCUGUGGUGGGGUAGAUCUGGUGUCUUUGGUUUUCUGAGUGUCUACAUCAGCGCCGCAUUUUUGUCUGGAUGCCCCAGGAUUAUCCUCAGGCUGCAGUUCCUCCUCCGGCCUGCAGGGCGGCAGCAGAGAUCAACGGCCGGCCGCUGGACAGGCAGAGCAUUGGCAUGAGCGACUUCUGGCACAAGAUGGGCUGCUGUGUAGUGGCAAAACCCCCACCGAAGAAGAGGAGGAGGAAGAUCGAUCGCAGCAUGAUCGGAGAGCCGACAAACUUCAUCCACCUGACGCACAUCGGUUCUGGAGAGAUGGCRGAGGGCAUGCAGCCGUCCGGCUCAGUUCAGGAGCAGAUGAGGUCCAAAGGCCCGAACAUGAACGGCAGGAACAGUCUGUUAUAGCCGGAUCGUGUUAAACUGACUCAGACCAGCUGAUUGCCCUCCUCCUCGCUCCGAACCUCCGAGCCUCGUCUCCAACAUCCAGCUAAAGGCUUUAACGACCGACAUGCCCUGCUGAAGUGUCCUUGAGCAACAGCAGAACCCCUUUAACCUCUUUUUAGGAUUACAAACUAAGCAGUUAGUUUAGACAAAAAAAACCCUCUCACAAGUCCAAACCAUGAAAUAUUUCUGUCUUUCUCAGGUUCAGAUAUGAUUCCUCAUAACAAAGUCUCAGUUCUUUCUUUAUUUAUAUAUUUUCCAAAAAGAUGAAAAAACAGGAGAUGUUUAAUUAUGAUUAAUAAAACAGAGGAUCUGAGAAAUCAAACCUAAAGAGAUUUCUUUCAUCUGUAUUAAAUUAUUUUUAAAUAAGAUGAUGUUGCUGGAUUGUUUUAACCAACUAAUUAUAAUUGAAAAUUACAGGAAGUUUGUGUUUAUAGAAAAAACUGAGGUAAUUCAUUAAACUCAUUCGAGUUCUUCUGAAGCAGACAUAAUUUCUUCAGUAUUCAGUUCUGAUGUGUCAACACCUCGGUUUGGUUCAGGUGGGGGUUUCCUGCUGGUUUCUCAGCUCUCUUGGAUCUUCAGGGGUCACAUGACCACAGUGAUGACAUCACUGGAUUUUACCUCUCAGGAUGCUUCGGUCUGGCCCUCCUCGCUGCUGGUGCUCAAUGACGACAGACUCUUUUUUUAGGAGACAGGAAAGUCCCGUAAAUCUCUGCUACACUGGACCAGACUGUGUGUGUGUGAAGAGGGGGAGGUGUGUGUGUAUGCUGUUGUAUAUGUGCGUUCUGGGGACCAAUGAUAUUAAUAGACUGUUUUGUGUAAAUCCAGUCCUAACUUUAACAACCAGCUCAGAGGUCAUGAGACUAAAUUCUGUCAGCAAACAGAAAAAACAAAAAAACACGUAUUUAUGUGUCGUAAUGUUUCCAGUUUGAGUAUAAACAACCCACUUUUGUACAAGUUUUAUCUUUCACUUUCAAACCUUUUUUUUUGCUACAAAAAUUGUUUUUAAUAUGACUUUAAUAGUGAAUGUUCAUCAUGUGUCUCAUUUAUGUUCAAAUAUUUCAACUUCUGUUUCCAACAUUUCAUGCUGUAUCUGGUAGAGUUUUUACUGCUUCACAUUGUGAGUGCUUGGACGUUUUUUGUUAAAGCAGGAUCUAUAAUAUUUGUGACUUUAAGAUGUUUUGGGUGAUUUGAUACGUGCCGUUUCUUGAUGCGAGUCUUGUCAUCACAAUGAACUCUUUUGCUUAUUUAGUGUUUUUGCAGAUUUAUAUAUAUAUUUGGGUUAAUGAUGUGUGAACGGAUGUGUUUUUGUGAAAUUAUUUACAGCAUCAAAAAAAAAAAAGAAUGUCUGAACACUUUAGGAUAUUGUGGAGUUGAAAUGUUUAGAAACCCUUUGUGCUAAGUAUUAAAUGAAAGCUUGAAAUAAAAAAAGAUGAAUUUAA